CCCGCUGCCGCCGCCGCGCCCGCCGACCCCGGGGCCCCGUUCCUGUCCCCGCGCAGUCCCCGCCGCAGCCAUGUCCAAGGAGCCGCGCGCCGGCCGGGAGGAGAUCCUGGAGUGCCAGGUGAUGUGGGAGCCUGACGGCAAGAAGAACACGCAGAUGGACCGCUUCCGGGCGGCGGUGGGCGCUGCCUUCGGCCUGGCGCUGGAAAAUUAUGACGACUUAUACCACUGGUCAGUUGAAUCCUAUUCGGACUUCUGGGCCACGUUCUGGAAAUUCAGCGGCAUUGUCUUCUCGCGCAUGUAUGAUGAGGUCGUGGACACGUCGAAGGGGAUCGCGGACGUCCCUGAGUGGUUCCGGGGCAGCCGGCUCAACUACGCCGAGAACCUGUUGCGGCACGAGGAGAAUGACAAGGUCGCGCUCUACGCGGCACGGGAAGGCAGAGAGGAAAUCGUGAAGGUGACGUUUGGGGAGCUGCGGCAGCAGGUGGCUUUGUUUGCGGCAGCGAUGAGGAAAAUGGGUGUGAAACGUGGAGACCGCGUUGUCGGUUAUUUACCCAACGGUGUGCACGCUGUGGAGGCCAUGCUGGCGGCAGCGAGCAUCGGCGCGAUCUGGAGCUCCACAUCCCCAGACUUCGGCGUGAAUGGUGUUCUGGACCGCUUCUCUCAAAUCCAGCCCAGGCUCAUCUUCUCCGUGGAGGCGGUCAUGUACAACGGCAAGGAGUUCGGCCACCUGGACAAGCUGCUGCAGGUGGUGAAAGGACUCCCAGACUUGGAAAGGGUGGUGCUGAUUCCGUACCUCGCCCCGCGAGAGAAGAUAGACAUUUCCAGGAUCCCAAAUAGGGACCUGUGUGAACGCAGCCGUCUGCACACCUGGCCGUGCACACACACCUUCCUCUCAGAACCGGCGUCUGUCCUCGGUGCCAGGCGCGUCUUCCUUGGUUUCUCCGACGUUGAUGAGCUGGCGGACUCGGGUCCGGACGUCAGCUGUGUGACCGGCGUGAGGGGUCAGCCGCAGUGUGCCCUGGGCCCCCAUCUGCCCACGGUGGCCCCGGAGCGCAGUGCUGAGGAAACCGUGGCCGUCACGAUUGACUCGUUAGCAGGGAACGCACCCCCGCACGGUCUCCUGGCCGUGUCCCGCGGUGACGAUGAGGAGGGCACUAGGAGAGGGGCCCCCGCGUCCUUGGCCGUGCUCUGCUCUGCUCCUCAGGACUCCUGCUUGUCACCCGACCGAGGGACGAGCCGCCAGCAGGCCCGCGCAGAGGACAGACCCCCUCAUGCGGCAUCUGCGCGAGCAUCUUGGCGCAAUCUUGGCCCCCUCGCCCCCGAGGGGCACCAAGCACCCCGAAGAAGGCGCCUCCUCUACAGUGGGCAGCGCGGAGGCCUGGGCACCUACCCGAGCCGGUCUACCAGGUCCCAGAGCACGUUGGGUGUGGGCACCAAGGGGGAGCCGUCUGCCUUCCCUGACACUGACCCUGGCGCCACCAAGCUCCCAUACGAGAGGCCCCGGCUAGAACCCGUGACUGAAUCACACCUGCCUGGAAGCAACCAACCAAAGGCACACACCCAGAUGCGUGCAAAGGGUGCAAGCGGCACCGGCAGGAGGUCGCCCAGCACGUCUGCUUUGCGAGGUGGCACCGACAUCAUCUCCUGCUUCAUGGGCCAGAACUUCUCCAUCCCUGUGUAUCGAGGGGAGAUCCAGGCCCGGAACCUGGGCAUGGCCGUGGAGGCCUGGAGCGAGGAAGGCAAGGCCGUGUGGGGGGAGAGCGGAGAGCUGGUGUGCACCAAGCCCUUGCCCUGCCAGCCCACGCACUUCUGGAACGACGAGAACGGCAGCAAGUACCGGAAGGCCUACUUCUCCAGGUUCCCAGGUGUCUGGGCGCACGGUGACUACUGCAGAAUCAACCCCAAGACCGGGGGCAUCAUCAUGCUGGGCCGGAGUGACGGCACGCUCAACCCCAACGGAGUGCGAUUCGGCAGCUCGGAAAUCUAUAACAUUGUGGAGGCCUUCGAGGAGGUGGUGGACAGCCUCUGUGUGCCCCAGUACAGCAAGGACGGGGAGGAGAGGGUGCUUCUGUUCCUGAAGAUGGCGUCCGGCCACACCUUCGGGCCCGCCCUGGCCAGCAGCAUCCGCAGCGCCAUCCGCCGCGGCCUGUCCGCGCGCCACGUGCCCAGCCUCAUCCUGGAGACCAAGGGCAUCCCGUACACCCUCAACGGCAAGAAGGUGGAGGUGGCCGUGAAGCAGGUCAUUGCCGGCAGAGCUGUGGAGCACCGCGGGGCCUUCUUGAACCCCGAGACCCUGGACCUGUACAGGGACAUCCCCGAGCUGCAGGGCUUCUGACCCGGGACCGGCUCGCACGACGCUCCGCCACACGCUCCCUUGCUUGACUCUCGUGUGUUCCAGAAGCUUCCGAGACACGUACAGCCCUUGGG